GUGACAUCUUACCUUAUCCGAUCUGCAAAACUGGCUACAACGCAGCGCACGAAUCUGAAAAACCACACGGCGCGAGCAACGGCAUCCCUUGUCACUUGUCAGUUCUCUGUAGUCAUCUCCACCAUCCGCAUAAAAAAAAAAAACUCUUCCCUCUCUUUCAAGUCCACUCCUCGCUUCAAUAAUUCCAUUUUUAAAUCACUCCAAAUCUUAAAAAAUCCAAAGUCAAAGCUAAACCAUAUCUCUUCUUACCAACAUUUCCUGAACUCCUACAAUGGCGCAUAUUCCAGACAAGGAACUCAACGCCGUGACAAGGAGGAUUGCAACCUUCUCAAACCAUCUCCUGCAGGUCGGUUUAGGUUCGAAUUCCAGUUGGAGCCGUGGUUCCAUUGGGUUCUCUAAGGCUUCGAUGAAUGAUAGCUACCAUGGAAUCCAUGGUGAAGUUGCAAGCCAUGAGGUUGAGUGGAAAACUGCUUGUGAUGAGUAUGGGAAAGAAUUCACCGAUAUUAUUUAUGAAAAGGCCGUCGGUGAAGGCAUUGCGAAGAUUACAAUAAACAGGCCAGAGAGAAGAAAUGCGUUCCGGCCGCAGACGAUCAAGAAGCUUAUACGUGCAUUUAACGACGCCAGGGAUGAUAAUUCCGUGGGAGUCAUAAUUCUCACGGGGAAGGGAAGCAAGGCAUUUUGUAGCGGGGGUGACCAAACGUUGCGAAAAGCGGAUGGUUAUGCUGAUUUUGAAAAUUUUGGCCGCCUUAAUGUUUUAGAUCUUCAGGUACAAAUUAGGCGUCUUCCGAAACCAGUGAUAGCAAUGGUUGCUGGUUAUGCUGUUGGAGGAGGACAUGUGUUACAUAUGGUUUGUGAUCUGACCAUUGCUGCAGAUAAUGCUAUUUUUGGCCAAACUGGUCCCAAGCUGAUUACAUACAUAUGUUCUGUUAUUUCAUGUAAAAAAGCUCGCUGGGAAUGCCCUUCUUUAGCCCCUGCUUGGUUGAUUUUGUGGUUUUCUUCUAGGAUGGUGGUUGUAGACCACAGUCAAAACUCAAAAGUCUAUUUCCUUGUACCAAAAUUCGCGCUCCAAAUUCUGGUGCAAGGUGCUUAUGCUACUUUUGUUAAUGUUUUUACGCUGAUUACUUUUAUCUGAUUGCAUAUACCACAGGUAGGAAGUUUUGAUGCUGGUUAUGGAAGUUCAAUUAUGUCUCGUUUGGUUGGACCUAAAAAGGCACGCGAAAUGUGGUUUCUUGCAAGAUUUUACACAGCUUCUGAGGCAGAGAAACUGGGACUUGUCAAUGCUGUUGUGCUGCUAGAGAAAUUAGAGUGAGAAACAAUUAAAUGGUGCAGAGAGAUCUUAAGAAACGGUCCAACAGCAAUUCGAGUGCUGAAAUCAGCUCUUAAUGCAGUUGAUGAUGGCCAUGCUGGACUACAGGAACUCGGUGGAAAUGCUACACUAAUUCUUUAUGGCACUGAAGAAGGGAGAGACAGCAUAUGUGCAGCGUAGACGCCCAGAUUUUUCAAAAUUUACUAGGUUACCUUAAUUUUUGCAGCUGCAUUUGCGUUAAAAAUGUGGACUCUACCAGUCUUUGAAUGG